GGCGGUGGUGCGAGCAUGGCGUGGUUAAAAAGCCCAAGUGUUCGAGGGCAAUUUGAUCUGAAAUCCCGACAAGUAUCAUCCCCAUCAAGCAUUAUUAAGUCACGGGCGUUCCUAUCAACAUCAACCCACAAAAAUGCAGCACUCGCUUCCAUGCCCCAAAAAUCUCACAGGUCACAUGCCACUACCCGCCUUUUUCUGCUCUGUAUAAACUCGCUCCUAAUCCAAGAUAAGCACAACCUGGAAAUGCAUUUGCGCUCUACUAUGUCACAGAUUCUUCUCUUCGCGGUGUUCUUAGCAGUAGCCUUCUCAUCGUCCGUGAGUUCCGCGAGGAGGUUAGACUCGCCUGAGAUGUCCACGGGACCGAGCGGCAGCACCGGGAGCCCAACAGGUGACACUGGCUCAGGCCACGGCCCCAACUGGGACUACAGCUGGGGCUGGGGUUCAAGCCCGGGGAGUGGCUGGGGCUAUGGUUCGGGGUCUGGCCACUCGCCCACUGGAUUCGGCAAGGGAUUCGGGUAUGGCUUUGGCUCGGGGACAGGAUCGGGAUCUGGGUCCGGGUAUGGUUGGGGGGGCGGCGGUGCUCGCGACGGAGGCUACGGGUUUGGAACCGGUUCAGGCAGAUCUGGAGGUGCUGGAGCAGGCGGCGGGAGCGGCAACUCUGGUGGAUCCGGCGGUCUCUCCCCGUCAUACUCUAGAGACAGAGACCACCGUGGUUAACAUG